AUUACAAUGUAAUUCUUAUUCUCUCGGUCUCUGCUUGUGUCUUCACGGGUUUUCCCUUUUCUCCAUUGCUGCUGUGCGGAAAAGGACUAGAGGACUUUACAUUCAUAUUUAAUUAAUCAGCCUUCUGUCAUGCUGGUUUGUCUGCCUGCCUGUCUAUUUGUCCUUGAAUUUAAUUAAUGGUCCAUUACUGAAAAACCUAGGCAUAAAAAGGACACGUUCCCCCCUAAAGCCAGUUUGCAGACUUUCAUUGCACUUCAUGUCCAGCGGCCCUUUUCUCUAAAAGAUAAGUACAUAAUACCUGGCUGACGUACUCCUCUAGCCUAAUGACUGUUUUACCAAAUGGCUGAGUAGCUUUGAUCUGGUCUGAGCAGACGAUAAGUCACACAGUGAGAGGGGUCCCAAAGGAGUGUGGACAAUGGAGGAGAGGGGCGAGUCUCCCCACUUUGACACCACAUUCGAGGAAGCUCGGCCCAGCCUCACUCACAUGGCCCUGCUGGGGCUGCAGAGAGCCAGCUACCUCAAAUACCUCAUCAGCCAGAAUGUGGACGGCAUCCACGUCCGCUCCGGCUUCCCCAGAAAUCUGCUCUCUGAGUUGCAUGGGAACAUGUUCGUGGAGGAGUGUGGGAAGUGUGGCAAGCAGUAUGUGCGGGAAAAGGUGAUUGGUGUGAUGGGGCUGAAACCCACUGGAAAAUACUGUGAGGAGGUCCGGGGAAGAGGACUCAGGUCCUGCAGGGGGAAGCUCAUCAGUACCAUACUGGACUGGGAGGAAGCUCUGCCUGAAAAAGACCUCAACAGAGCCGAAGAAGCUAGCAGACGGGCCGACCUGGCGCUGACCCUGGGUACCUCUCUGCAGAUCAAGCCCAGCGGAGACCUGCCCCUCUUCACCAAACGCAAGGGGGGCAAGGUGGUCAUCGUCAACCUUCAGCCCACCAAACAUGACAAACACGCGCACCUGCGUAUCAACGGUUAUGUGGACGAGGUCAUGAGCCAGCUGAUGGAGCUGCUGGGAUUGGACAUUCCAAAGUGGGACGGGCCCACCGUCUGCGAGAGCUCCACCCCUGACCAGAAACCACUUCCUGCCAUCGCUACAAAGAAGGAGGUAAAGAAGGGUGUGAAGAAAGAGGCUAAAAGGGAGGGUAGGAAAAGACUAGGAGAACCAAAGAAGGAAGAGGAGGAUGAAGAGAAGAUUGCAGUAAAGAAAGAGAGGGCAGAACAAACAACAGAAGAGCAUAAGAAAGACCUGCAGGCCUGUACUGACUCUAGCCCUAUCCCAGUCCGAACACAGAACCAGGACCUGUCCAGAGGUGGAGACCAGAACGAGGGGUCCAACUCCCCAACCCUCUCCCUCUGACAGUUCAGACAGCCCCCAAGAGCCCAACAGAGUGAAGAAUAAGCCAGUAGUGUCUUAGUAUUGUCCCUUAAUCAGUUCUUAUACACACUGACCUAGAACAAUGCUGCCCGGGACCAAUGCAGAAAGGUCUGUAAGUCAGAAUGUACAGUACCAGUCCAACGUUUGGACACACCUACUCAUUCAAGGGUUUUUCUUUAUUUUUGCUAUUUUCUACAUUGUAGAAUAGUGAAUACAUCUAUGAAAUAACACAUAUGGAGUCAUGUAGUAACCAAAAAUCAAAAUAUUUUAUAUUUCUGUUUCUUCAAAGUAGCCACCCUUUGCCGUGACAAUUUUGCACACUCUUGGCAUUCUCUUAACCAGCUUGGAAUGAUUCUCCAAUAGUCUUGAAGUUGGGUGAUUGAGGAGGCCAGGCCAUCUAAUGCAGCACUCCAUCACUCUCUUUCUUGGUCAAAUAGCCCUUACACAGCCUGGAGGUGUGUUGGGUCAUUGUCCUGUUGAAAAACAAGUGAAAGUCCCACUAAGUACAAAAAUAUCACAUUUUGACUCAUCAGACCAAAGGACAGAUUUCCACUGGUCUAAUGUCCAUUGCUUGUGUUUCUUAGCCCAAGCAAGUCUCUUCUUAUUGGUGUCCUUUAGUAGUGGUUUCUUUGCAGCAAUUUGACCAUGAGUGCCUGAUUCACGGAGUCUCCUCUGAACAGUUGACGUUGAGAGGUGUCUGUUACUAGAACUCUGUGAAGCAUUUAUUUGGGCUGCAAUUUGUGAGGCUGGUAACUCUAAUGAACUUAUCCUCUACAGCAGAGGUAACUUCCUCAUGAGAGACAGUUUCAUCAUAGUGCUUGGUGGUUUUUGCGACUGCAUUUGAAGAAACUUUCAAAGUUCGACAUUUUCCGGUUUGACUGAUCUUUAUGUCUUAAAGUAAUUAUGUACUCUCGUUUCUCUUUGCUUAUUUGAGCUGUUCUUGCCAUAAUAUGGACUUAGUCCUAUUUGGUGAAAGACAUCUUCUGUAUUCUAGCCCAACACAACAGAUUGGCUCAAACAAAUUAAGAAGGAAAGAAAUUCAACAAAUUCACUUUUAAGAAGGCACACCUGUUAAUUGAAAUGCAUUCCAAGUGACUUCCUCAUGAGGCUGGUUGAGAGAAUGCCAAGAUUGUGCAAAGGUACCAAAAAAUGGCUGCAGCAUUGAAGGUCCCUGGAAAUAAGUUUGUUUAUGAAUAUUUAUAUUUAGUGUUUUUCAGUUACUACAUGAUUCCAUGUGUGUUAUUCCAUAGUUUUGAUGUCUUCACUAUUAUUGUACAAGCGUUUGACUGUUACUGUAUACCUCUGACAGAACAUAGGGAAGGCUUGAUUUAAGUAACAGGGAGAACCAGCAGGAGUGCGGCUCUCUAGUGAACAUUUCUCAGCAAUAAAGAUAUAAAGAAGGGAAAGAAGAUCCUUGAAAAUAAUAGUAAUCUGACCAUGAAAGACAUGUACACUAGAAGUGCCAGAGCAAGGCCACACAAUCGCCCAUACUUAAUACUUAUGCAUGCAUGACUGUAAGUCGCGUUGGAUAAAAAGCCUCUGCUAAAUGGUAUAUAAUAUUUAUUACAUUUCAAACACCGCUAAGUGAGGUAUGGGUCAAGCACCCGUUUAGAACUCUGUAGUAGAGCACUACGAUAUGGUGACUUGCAGAGGGGGCUAACGGGUGUAAAUUGAAGGCAGGUGGUGUGAAAUGGUAAAAAGUAAGUGAUUUUGCCAUAGAGCUAGCAUACAUGAUCACAUCUGUGUUUUGUUAGACACUUUACUGUUUAUUUGGAGUACGCACACUUCGUUUAGUGAUGGGCAUUACACUGGGAUUUCUAAUGCAGUCUAAUUUUGUACAGCCAUUCUAGAAUUGUUUCGCCUCGCAACUCAGUAACUCCUUCCUGUCAUGGGAAUACUAUGACAGGAAGUUUUUUUUGUUAUUGUAUACUCUGCUUCUUGUCACUGUCAAGCCAUCUGUCCUAGUUGACUUUCUCUUGAACUUUUAUUUAGAAAGAAUGAUGUAGUUUGUUCCAACAUUGUUUAUUUCUGUACCUUUUUUUUACCGAUGUUUUGUAAUAAACACUUGAUAGACACACACAGCGACAAUC